AUUUUGUGUGUCGCCCUCAGCACUUGAAACAGAGUUUGACGUUUUGACGCAUUAUCCUAAUGACAGGACAUCACUUUAAAAAAACCAAGCACAACAAACAGAACAAAUGUUUAAUGUUUAUGCACUUACAAAUAGUAAAAAUAGUUUUAACUACUUUUGGAGUAAAGCUGUAAAGGUUACAUACUUGAGGCUUUCUAUUUCAUGAAAAUAAUAUGUAAUUUUAAGAAGUUCAAAAUAAGCUACAAUGGCACACAGCAGUAGAGGAAAUAACGAAUUUCCUUUGGAAGCUUUAAAAGUACACGGUCCAAAUUAUCUAAAGCAUGCACUUACAAGUUGUACAGACCCCUUGAAGGCAAUAGAAGAGUUUCAGGUAACAAAUGGCAUUCUACUGCCAUCACUUAGGCCUAUGUUGCCAUUGUUGGAUCUACAUGGAGUUCGACGGUUGGAUUUCCACAUGUCUGUUGUGGAGGCUCUGAGAGAGAAACUGACAAACCAUAUCAAUGAAAUUGGAAAACAAGAAGGGAAAGAAAGAGAUCACAAGCUAAAAGAACUACUGGUGAAGAGCUUUCCAGUUAUAAAAGUAAAGGCACUGAGGCCUAUUGUUAUGGCUAUUCUGAAAAACAUUCCUCAAAUAGAUGACCACUAUUUAAGAGUAUUAGUGAGAGACAGAGAGCUAUAUAAUGAUACAGACACUGAAGUAAAACGACAGAUUUGGAAAGACAAUCAGUCUCUUUUUGGUGAUGAAGUCUCACCAUUGCUUAGUCAAUAUAUUAGUGAGAAGGAAAAUGUCCUUUUUGAUCACACAAAUCUCAAUAAUCAUUUUUUUGGUCCUUCACCAAAGGUCAGAAGACAAGGCGAAGUUGUCAAAAAGUUGGCUCACAUGAUUGGUAAUAGUGUUAAGCUGUAUGACAUGGUAUUACAGUUCUUACGAACAUUAUUCUUAAGAACAAGAAUAAUUCACUAUUGUACAUUAAGAGCUGAACUGCUAAUGGCACUUCAUGAUCUAGAAAUUCAGGAUAUUAUAUCAAUUGAUCCAUGUCAUAAAUUCACUUGGUGCUUGGAUGCCUGUAUUAGAGAGAAGAAUGUUGAUAUUAAAAGAUCAAGAGAGUUGCAGGGAUUUUUGGAUAAUGUAAAACGUGGCCAAGAGCAAGUCUUGGGUGACCUCUCGAUGACUCUCUGUGAUCCUUAUGCUAUAAAUUUCUUAGCUUCAUCUGCUAUAAAAAUUUUGCAACAUUUGAUACAUAAUGAAGGGAUGCCAAGGGACAACACAAUUCUAAUUUUGUUGCUGAGAAUGCUGGCACUAGGUCUAAGUGCCUGGGUGAUGAUUGAUUCACAGGACUUCAAAGAACCAAAACUUGAUAGUCAAGUGGUGACAAAGUUCUUGCCUGCUCUGAUGUCACUUAUGGUUGAUGAUCAAGUAAGAGUAUUAUCUGCCAAAUUGCCACAUGAUGAAAGGGAGGCAGCAAUUACUGUUAUUGAACAUUCUGGACCUCUGCCAGAUGCUGUGGAGGGUUACCUACAGGUAAAAGGGUCAAUCAUUAAAAUAAUGGAAUUUUCCACAUUUCUUCAUUGUAUUGCAGGACAGUUCUGUAGCGAGUAUUCUGGCUAUGUAUUACACCUUACAUGUGGCAAAAUCUAAAGACAGGGUUGGAUUGCUUAGAAUUCUCACAGUUUUAGCUAUUUGUAAGGAUGAUCGGGCUUUUGAGGAUCCUUUUCUACAUUCAUUUGUUGUCCUGCUCAUACACAAUGCUGACGAAUUUCAAGCAGAAGAUUUCUGCACAGCCCUUUUUGAUGAGUUUUUCUCAGCUGGCCUGUCACGAGACAAUGUUACUCGGCAUCUGCUGAAAUUGCUGUGGUAUGUGCACCACAAGCUUCCAGUAAGCAGAUUGCAAACACUAAUGAAGGCCCUUCAGCCCACGCAUCAACAUAGUGAGAAGGUCCAUAGUCUGUAUAAGUUACUGCAGGAAAAGAUCGCCUCUCAAGAGGAAACACAAAUACCAACAGAGAUGGAUAUUGACAUCAAUUCUCCAUUGAUGAGCGUUCCUACACCUGCGCCCUAUCAUCAUACAUUGUAAUUUUUUUAUUUUCGAUUUUGACAUGAUAUUUUCGGAAACUUAUUUGUUGAUGUAUUUCAAUAUUUUGGACUGGACAAAAAUCACAACUCUUUAUUAUUUUGUUGGUCAUUUAGUAAACUUCAGUCAAGCAACAUUUCGUAAUUGCACACAUUCUGAAAAUGAGAGCGUUCCAGCCUUUAUGUUAUCAUGAAAUUGAUAUCCUUGAUAUUAUUGGUUAGUAUAUACUUUUAGUGAAGAUAAAAUGAAAAUCAGUGAUACAAAUCACUAAAUAUUUAUUACUUCAUUGUACAACAAUACAUAGUCUACAUUUACAUUUUAUGUACAGCUUUUCAAUGAAUAUGUAAUGACAAUAUUGAUAAUAAAUGUUUGUACAAUUAUUUGAUUAUUUAAAGCUUAUAUAUUUUUUGUCAUAAGUUAUGUUUGAUAUCCUGUGGUGAUUUUUUUCCUAUUGUCGAUGAUUUUUGCACAAACCUCGAUUAUUAAAAUUAAUUAUUUUUGAACUUCGCCAAUAUACAAUAAUUAUACGGGGGCGUGAUUCAACAAUAAAUAUACUUUGUAAAUCAAUGCGGGUCAAACUACAAACAGAGAAAAAUGUUUCUGUAAUCCUAGAAGGAUAAAAAAAUC